GCUCCGCCAGUUCCGCCCCUCUCCCUACCCACGUGGUCUCAGCCUCUGGCUCUGGGCAGCUUCCGAGUUCAGGUCCCUUGUGUGGUCGCCUUCUCCACUUUCAGGGGCGUGGAAGUGGCCUCUUCCCCUCGUACUUCAAGCCGCACGCGGUUGCACGCUGCGAGAUUCUUGCGGAGCUGUCGAAAUCCCAGGACCGUGCUGGGGCGCAAUCGGCACCGCCCUCCACCCUCCCUACCAGUAGGCCGAUUCCCGUAGUAGCAUCCGGUAGGGAAAUGGUCGUGCUUUCGGUGCCCGCUGAAGUAACUGUGAUCCUGUUAGAUAUCGAAGGUACCACAACCCCGAUUGCUUUCGUGAAGGACAUUUUAUUUCCUUAUAUCAAAGAAAAUGUUAAAGAGUAUCUGCAGACACACUGGGAAGAGGAGGAGUGCCAGCAGGAUGUCAGCCUUUUGAGGAAACAGGCUGAAGAGGACUCCCACCUGGAUGGUGUGGUUCCGAUCCCUGCCGUGCCUGAGAACGGGGCGGAUGACCUGCAGCAAACAAUCCAGGCGGUGGUAGAUAAUGUGUGCUGGCAGAUGUCCCUGGACCGAAAGACCACGGCGCUGAAACAGCUGCAGGGCCACAUGUGGAAGGCAGCAUUCGCAGCUGGGCGCAUGAAAGCAGAGUUCUUUGAAGAUGUAGUUCCAGCAGUCAGAAAAUGGAGAGAGGCUGGAAUGAAGGUGUAUAUCUAUUCUUCAGGGAGUGUAGAGGCACAGAAACUAUUAUUUGGACAUUCUACAGAGGGAAAUAUUCUUGAGCUUGUUGACGGUCACUUUGAUACCAAGAUUGGACACAAAGUGGAGAGUGAGAGUUACCGAAAGAUUGCAAACAGCAUUGGGUGCUCAACCAACAAUAUCUUGUUUUUGACAGAUGUUACUCUAGAGGCCAGUGCUGCUGAGGAGGCGGCCGUGCAUGUAGCUGUGGUGGUGAGACCUGGCAACGCGGGGCUGACAGACGAUGAAAAGGCUUACUACAGCCUCAUCUCAUCCUUCAGUGAACUGUGCCUUCCUUCCUCAACCUAGAGGAGGGUUUCUAAGCAAGAGCGAACUGUCUUCCCGGAGUUGUCCCUGUAGUUUAGUUUUAUUCUAAUGGUCAAAGUAACUUACUUAAAAAACACAUACAAACGCACAUGUAUGUAUGCAAGUAUAUGUAUGUGUGUGUUCAAAUUCCUUUCACAGGCACAUAAGUGGGGGGAGGCGGGGGGAAAUCUCAGUUCUGUGAAAAGGAAACUUAUUGAAAUAGAAAUUAUUUGAAACCGUAACUAACCCUCAUUGAGGGCAAAAUGUAGUCGAUGGAAGAAAUCACUACAAUACAGAUCAAAUGUGUUAGGUUUAUCAAGUUGUGUACCAAAAUGGAAAGGUGGGUUUGAGAAGUUAUUCAGAAGCCUUGUUAUUUUAAAAACUGGAAGUAUUUUAAAGACUUAUUGCUAAUAAUAAUUCAUCCCCCCCUUUUAAUUAUGUUAGAAGAUUACAACAGCUGCAUUUCAAAAUAUUAGCCUCCCUACAUUCAAAAGACAAAGCUAUUUAUUUCUACUCAAAGAGCAAAAUUGGGAAAGGAAGCUUAUUUGAGUCUUGAUCAGUCAGGUAUCUAUUACUUAAGAAACUUGCUAAUCGUGACACCCUCAGCAAGCAGUUGCCUUACUAAUGAAAAAGGUACACUGAUAACAACAGGUAAAAUAGAAAUGUGGUUCUUAACAUCUUAACAUUCUUAACAAAACAGUCUUAAUCCUGCCAGUUGUUAUCAUUAUAGAUUUUAUAGUUGCCUUUCUAACUCCUUAGCACAGUUUGAGAAUACAUGUUAAUUGCUAUCUACUAUUUAGAAAGGGAUUACUGAAAUCAGUUUAUAAGACCUAGAAAAGCCCUAAUAUGUACUGUUUUCCUCUGAAAUGGAUGUGAAAAAUGUAAAUUUUAUAACAGCAUUAUUUAUCCUGGCUCAAUUCUAAUGGGACGUCAUGUUAAUUUCAUGUUGUAAUCUGAUUAAUAAAAAACAUUUUCUUCUUCA